AUGUACAAGUCCGAAAUACAAACAUCUUCGACUGAAUCUGCCACAAAUGCUUCUUCCUCGCAACAUCUUGAAACAGAAACAAGUUAUAUGUCACACGACACAUCAAGAUUGGUAAAGAAGAAGAAGACGAGCACAAAGGCAUUAGUGAAGCGUCUAUUAGGCGUUGUGGCUGCCUUAAGUUCUAAAGUAGACCGUGUAUUACAGAAAAAAGAUGAACCCGACAUAAAUUUUAAACCAGACAGAAGGUUUCGAGAGGAGGAAGAGAUGAUAAAUGAAGAGGAGGAAGAAAAAUAUUACCAUGAUACACAUUUUGACUAUGAUAAUAUAGGUAGUCAUGGUUUGGAGGGGGAAUUGAGUCUACACCUACGCAUGUUGAGCCGUCAUUGGACGUGGGUGAACAUCACACAAAAGAAAUGA